AUGGGCAUGAAACACUCCUCCCGCUGCCUGCUCCUCCGGAGGAAAAUGGCGGAGAACGCAGUCGAAAGCACCGAGGUGAGCAGUGCCCCCCCUCAGCCCCCUCAGCCUGUCAUUCCAGCCAAGCCUGUGCAAUGUGUCCACCAUGUGUCCACGCAGCCCAGCUGCCCAGGGCGGGGCAAAAUGUCCAAGCUGCUGAACCCGGAGGAGAUGACAUCGAGAGAUUACUAUUUCGACUCAUAUGCUCACUUUGGGAUCCACGAGGAAAUGCUGAAGGACGAGGUGAGGACACUCACGUACCGGAACUCCAUGUACCAUAAUAAGCAUGUGUUCAAGGAUAAAGUGGUUCUGGAUGUUGGGAGCGGCACAGGGAUCCUCUCCAUGUUUGCCGCCAAAGCAGGGGCCAAGAAGGUGUUUGGGAUCGAAUGUUCCAGUAUUUCUGACUACUCGGAGAAGAUCAUUAAGGCCAACCACCUGGACAAUGUCAUUACCAUAUUUAAGGGCAAAGUGGAGGAGGUGGAGCUGCCUGUGGAGAAGGUGGACAUCAUCAUCAGCGAGUGGAUGGGCUACUGUCUGUUCUACGAGUCCAUGCUCAACACCGUGAUCUUUGCCAGGGACAAGUGGUUGAAACCUGGAGGGCUUAUGUUUCCAGACCGGGCAGCUUUGUACGUGGUAGCAAUUGAAGACAGACAGUACAAGGACUUCAAAAUCCACUGGUGGGAGAACGUCUAUGGCUUCGACAUGACCUGCAUCCGGGAUGUUGCCAUGAAGGAGCCCCUGGUGGACAUCGUGGACCCAAAGCAAGUGGUGACCAAUGCCUGUUUAAUAAAGGAAGUGGACAUUUACACUGUGAAGACGGAAGAGCUGUCCUUCACGUCUGCCUUCUGCCUGCAGAUACAGCGCAACGACUAUGUCCAUGCCCUCGUCACCUAUUUUAAUAUUGAAUUUACCAAGUGCCACAAGAAAAUGGGUUUUUCUACAGCCCCUGAUGCCCCCUACACCCACUGGAAGCAAACUGUCUUCUACUUAGAAGACUACCUCACUGUCCGGAGAGGGGAGGAAAUCUACGGGACCAUAUCCAUGAAGCCAAAUGCCAAAAACGUGCGAGACCUCGAUUUCACAGUAGACUUGGAUUUUAAGGGACAGCUGUGUGAAACAUCUGUAUCUAAUGACUACAAAAUGCGUUAG